UCACUUUUCUAUUCCGCCGCCGAUUGAGUACAAUCAAAUGGAAAACCGGUGAUAAUCGGUUCUCAUUAACAUUGAACAUUCGAUCGGUUUUCAAAGCGGAAUUAUCUGGUCGGUUCUCAGAAAAAAUCGAAGAAACCGAUGUUCACCUUCUACAGAGUACAGAGUGCACCUACUAAAAUUUUGCUUGGGUUGAUUUCAGAGCUCCGAAGCGGGCCGGCGCUGUCGCUCUCUCUUUUCGCCGUACUUUGCCACCCUUGAUCACUGAUCCAUCUUGGCAUUCGGGUCAAUCUGCGGGGUUCAGAGGUUCAAGCUAUGCACAUUUGAAUGGAGAAAGAAGGGAAUGAAAUUUCUGAUAAUAAAGAGGUUCCUGGUUGUGCUGUGGGUGUUGAAGGAGAGGUGAAAGGGCUCAAAGAAACAGAAGUGGAGAAUAGAGAGGAGGAGGAGGAGGAGGAGGAGGAGGAUGAGGAAGAGGAAGAGGAAGAGGAAGAAGAAGAGGAAGAAGAAGUGGAAGAUGAAGGAGAAGACGAUAUUGAAGAAGAAGAUGGUUACAUUUUCAAAUUUAAAGCCGGAGAAAAUCCUUUCGAUUUUGUUGAAGGUACGGAUUUUAGCAUACAACCAUAUAAAAAAUUUGAGCGCCUUGAAUAUGAAGCUCUUGCUGAGAAAAAGCGAAAAGCACUUGCAAAUAGUCAGAGCGAAAGGCCUGUUAAGAGGGGCAGACUAGAAGAUAUUCCUGGUGCAAGCUUUAAUGAAAUUAUGGAAGCUAUGAAUUAUGGAUCGAGGAGGAAACUAAAGGAGCCUAAAAGAAGAGGUAGACGGAAAGGAUCAAAGAAAAAAAUUAACCGUGAAAUUACGAAGUUGCUUGGUGAUGCAACUUUAUGUUAUGCUCAAGGCCAGUAUGAGAAGGCUAUAUCUGUAUUGCGUCAAGUUGUCCUGCAAGCCCCAGAUUUACCUGAUUCGUACCACACGCUUGGACUUGUUUAUAAUGCAAUCGGUGAUGAUGUAAAAGCCAUGGGAUUUUACAUGCUUGCUGCACAUUUAAUGCCAAGAGAUUCAUCUCUCUGGAAACUGCUAUUUUCAUGGUCAAUUGACCGAGGUGACAUUGAUCAAGCAAGCUACUGCCUUUCUAAAGCAAUAAAAGCAGAGCCCGAUGAUAUUAAUUUAUUAUUUCAUCGUGCAUCACUCUACCUUGAGCGUGGAGAUUGUCAAAAAGCAGCUGAAACAUAUGAUCAGAUUCAUCAAAAAUGUAUCGGAAAUGUUGAAGCACUCAUGACUGGAGCGAAGCUGUACCAAAAAUGCGGUCAUCAUGAACGUGCUAUUUGCAUUCUUGAGGACUACAUCAAAGGACAUCCAACUGAAGCUGAUUUAGAUGUGGUUGAUCUUCUAGCUUCUUUAUACAUGGGAAGUAAAGAAUUCAGCAAAGCUCUUGAGCACAUCGAGCAUGCAGAUAAGGUCUACUGUGCAGGAAAUGAAAUGCCUUUAAACUUGGCAACUAAAGCAGGAAUCUGCCAUGUCCAUCUUGGAAAUAUCGAGAAGGCAGAGAGCCUCUUUGCUAAUUUGGGACGGAAGACUGCCGAUGAUCACUCAGAUUUUAUAAUUGAAGCUGCAGACUCGUUGCUGAGUCUUAAGCACCAUAACUUGGCAUUGAAGUACUAUCUGAUGUCAGAAGAAGUAAAUGCUGGAGGGAAAAUGCAGGGGAUUGUAUACCUAAAAAUUGCCCAAUGUUACUUAUCAACUAAUGAAAGAGCAGAAGCAAUUGUUUUCUUUUACAAAGUGCUCCAAACUCUUGAAGAUAACAUUAACGCUCGAUUAACUUUGGCUUCCCUCCUCCUUGAGGAAGCUAGAGAAGAAGAAGCCAUUUCAUUGCUAUCUCCUCCGAAAGAUUCAAACUCAAGUAGCUCAUCUUCCAGCAAAUUCAAACCUUGGUGGCUCAACGAGAAAGUAAAACUGAAGCUUUGCAACAUAUACAGAACUAAAGGAAUGCUUGAGAACUUCGUUGAGACAAUCUUUUCUUUGGUCCGUGAGUCCUUAUAUAUUGAGACACUUAAAGAAAAGAUUAAAGUGAACAAGAAGAAGCUCCCAAGGAGAGUUUUGCUUGAAAGAGUCAAAGUACUAGAUGGACGUGAAACUGGUAGUCUGUUUCGUGGAUUCAGACCUGUAGCUCCUAAAUCAGAUUUAUCAAAAGCGUCCAGAGCAAAGAGAUUGCUUCAAAAGAGGGAAAGAAUCAAGGAAGAAAAGAAGGCUAGAGCCUUGGCUGCUGGAGUCAAUGUCAGCUAUGAUGAUGUAGAUGAUGAGCCAGCGCUACGAGUGCACCGAGAAUCUCCCCUGCCUAAUCUUCUGAAGGAUGAAGAAUAUCAUAAUCUUAUUGUUGAUUUAUGCAAGGCGUUGGCUUCCUUGGGAAGAUGUUCUGAAGCUUUGGAGAUUAUAAGUCUGACUUUAAAGCUGGCUUUUAAUUCAUUAUCCAUGGAAAGGAAGGAGGAACUACAGUUACUGGGGGCUCAAUUAGCAUUCAGCUCAACUGAUACCAAGCAUGGAUUCAACUUUGCGAAGCACGUUGUUAAGCAGUACCCUUAUAGCAACUCUGCUUGGAACUGCUAUUAUAAAGUAUCUUCAAGAAUGACGCACCGGGAUUCAAGGCAUUGCAAGCUUUUGAAUAGCAUUCAAGCCAAAUACAAAGAUUGUGCACCACCCUUUAUCAUUGCCGGGCAUCAAUUUAACGCUAUUAGCCAUCAUCAAGAGGCUGCCAAGAAAUAUCUUGAAGCUUAUAAACUAUUGCCGGAUAGUCCCUUAAUUAACUUGUGUGUUGGCGCUGCCUUAAUCAACUUAGCACUUGGAUUACGUCUUCAAAACAAGCAUCAGUGUGUUGCGCAAGGCUUGGCAUUCCUCUACAACAAUUUGAAGCUUUGUGAUAACAGCCAGGAAGCCUUAUACAACAUUGCUCGAGCAUAUCAUCACAUUGGACUCGUGACACUGGCGGUUACAUAUUACGAAAAGGUGCUUGCAACUUACCAAAAGGAUUGCCCCAUCCCAGACAUUUUUGGUGAGAAUCGAAACAUCAAGCAUGAGAAAUCAGUCUACUGUGACCUGCGCAGAGAAGCAGCUUACAAUCUACAUCUUAUUUACAAAAAGAGUGGAGCUCUUGAUCUUGCUAGGCAAGUCCUAAAAGACCAUUGCACUUUUUAAGUAGGAAGCACUAUGUUUUAACAUGUAGCAAGAAGUAAAUAAUGUUAUUUAGACAAUCAUUGUCCAUAGGUUGAGAUAUUGUAGUUCAAAGUAAUAGGCUUAACUAAUUUAACAUUAGAUAGGUGCAAACUCAUGACUGAGUUUUUAAGGAUUAAGUGACGAUUAUGUAUAUACAUCUAUCAACAUUUGGCUACCUCCUAAUAUUUUGUUGACAAAACAAUAUAGGUAAAAAGUUAUCAUGUAUAUAACUUAUAUCCUACUACUAUAAGAUUUUUAAAUAGUCUA